AUGUACCGAGCGCUGAGUGCAAUCGUCUUCUUUGCCGGUCUUGCAAAUGCCUGCCAGAAGGACUGGGAUGCGCUUGCACGCCGCUCGCAUCACCAUCAAGAGCAUAAUCGCCAUGCCAAACGUACUGAAGUCGAGUAUCCACCCUCACUGAGCGAGACAGAGUCUAUCUUGGUGAACUCCUUCGACAACACGUCUAUCUCGGAGUGGAGCUACUACUACACACAUGGUGAUCAUUUAGGUUCGCACAAUAAGAGCAUGGCUGAGUGGACUGCACAAAAGUGGAGAGAUGCAGGUCUCGAUGCCUGGCUUGAGGAGUUUCCGAUCUGGGUGACGUACCCUGAGGCAUGUACGCGCGAAGACUUUCAGGUCUUGAUGGAUGCGGGCAUCGAGUUGAAAGGCAAGAUUGCCCUGGCAAACUAUGGCGGCAUCUAUCGUGGCACCAAGGUCAAGAACGCUCAGGACAAUAAUAUGGCAGGUUGUGUUAUCUUCACGGACCCUCUCGACGACGGUGAAGUGACCGAAGAGAAUGGCUAUGAAGUGUACCCUAACGGUCCAGCGCGCAAUCCGUCAUCGAUACAACGAGGCAGCGUCAGGUUCUCUUCACUCUAUUCUGGAGAUCCAACUACUGUUGGGUGGGCUUCUUCAUGGAACUCGUCACGAGGAGAUACCAAACCAUAUAACCCUUCAAUCCCAUCGAUUCCCUUGAGUAUGAAAGAUGCUCUCCCACUGCUUACAGCUCUAGAGGGUAAUGGCGUUUCCGCUGAAAAGGCGAAUCGCAGCGGCUGGCAAGGCGGUUUCAGCAAUAUCACGUACGACUCUGGUCCAACUCCGGGUGCCUUGGUCAACAUUGAUCACCUGAUGCAAGGCUACAUUGCACCUGUUUGGGAUGUCAUUGGUGUGAUCAACGGUACGAGUCCGGAUGAAGUAGUGGUCGUGGGAAAUCACCGUGAUGCGUGGGUCAUCGGCGGAGCAGCCGACCCCAACUCCGGCAGUGCUAUCCUCGUUGAGCUUGCGAAUGCCUUCGGGAAGCUCCUCGCAAAGGGGUGGAAGCCAAAACGGACGAUCUACAUUACUGAUUCGCCGGUCAGUAUUCUAGGCUCCUGGGAUGCUGAAGAGUUCGGUCUCCAAGGCUCUACCGAGUGGGUCGAAACUCACCUCCCAUGGCUUCAAACCACCACGGUCGCCUACCUGAACAUCGAUGUGGGAGUUUCAGGUCCACGCACAAACUUCGACGGAUCUGGCGAGAUACAGACCUUCGUGGUGGAGCAAAUGAAGAAGAUACUUUAUCCCGAAGGAUAUGGGGACUUUGCGACACUCUACGAUAUGUGGUUCAAUAGCACCAAAGGUACCAUUUCGCCGCUAGGAAGUGGCAGCGAUUACGCGAGUUUCUACCAGAAUGGUAUCGCAGCUAUCGAUAUUGGUAGCAGCAACGGGAAGAAGGAUCCGGUGUACCACUACCACUCCAAUUACGAUUCCUAUCACUGGAUGUCUACCUUCGGUGAUCCCGGCUUCAAGAUUCAUACCACAAUGGGGCAAUUCCUGACCCUGAUUGUCUAUCACAUUGCUGACGAUCCACUCAUCCCAUGGGACCUUCCCCAUGCUGCUACAGUGCUCUCGUCUUACUUGUCCGAGCUAAACGAAACGGUCAUUACCUCGAAUUCUCCCGAUCUAGACCUCACACCCCUCGCAGAAGCCAUCGCAGAAUUCACCACACAAGCUGAGCGUAUCAGUAAGAUUGGCCAGCAGGCGCUUGCGUUCAAUGAUACAAAUAUGCUGGGCGUGGUAAACAGCAAAUAUCGCGAUUUCCCGAGAGGCUUUGCGAGUGCGGGAGGCCUGCCAGGCCGAGAAACCUUCAAGAAUAUCAUAAGUGCGCCUGGAAUUGAUAAUGGAUAUGGUGCGGAUGUUUUCCCCGCGGUAACGGACAACAUAAAUGGAGGCAAUCAGACGGCUGCGGAGGAAUGGAUUGAGAAAAGCGCGGAGGCGGUGUUGAGAGCUGCGGAGAUACUGAGGAUCACAGACUGA